ACGCAAGUACGGGCGACUGCGCAGCCUGAUGACAUCACUGCAUUUACCAGCCAGCUAGCUCAGUGUUGUUCAGGCGGGGGCUGUUCAAUAAUAAAGGGCUGGCGACUUGUUUAGAAGGCCAGUCUUUUAACGUGGCUGUUUCCAAAGACCGGUGUAUCUUAAUCUGCCAUGGACGUUGAUGUGAAGAAGCUGAAAGUGAACGAGUUGAAGGAGGAGCUGCAGAAGAGGGGGUUGGACACCCGCGGGCUGAAGGCGGACCUGGUGGACAGACUGAAAGCUGCUUUAGAGGGUGAAGCUGCAGCACAGGAUGCUCAGGAAAUCACACUUGAUGAUGGCCCUCAAACUAAAAAAGCUGAGGAGGAGCCUGGAAAUGAAGACGUCUCUCCCCCGGGACAGCAGGAAGACGAGGGCACUCAGAUCAGGGAUGAGACAAAAGGCGUCCCUGAUCAAGAUCAUGAUGUUCCUGAAUUCUCUGUAGAUGUCAAUGUGUACAGACGAGAGAGUGUCGAGGAGCCUGAAGUUAAACCUGAAACGGAGACGCUGCCUGUCUACACAGAAGAGCAAAAUGUACAACCAGAUGAACUCAAGGAGGAGGAGGAGGACAUAAAGCCAGAACAGCAGCAGGACCCUGGAACAGCCAGCGAGUGGGAAGAGUCUCAGCAGGCUUCACAUUACACAUCCCAUCAGGAAAACCAGGCACCUUGUGGCCGCAAAAGACACUACGAUGACUCCCACGGAUAUAAUUACUACGAGCAUCGAGAGGAUAAAAGGUCCCGCUCGCCUCAACCUCCAGCUGAAGAAGACGAGGAGGAUUUUGAUGACACUCUGGUGGCCAUUGAUACCUAUAAUUGUGACCUGCACUUCAAAGUUGCUCGAGACCGCUACAGUGGCUACCCUCUCACUAUUGAAGGCUUUGCUUACCUGUGGUCCGGCGCAAGAGCCUCAUACGGCGUGAACAAGGGCCGCGUCUGCUAUGAGAUGAGGAUAACAGAAGAGAUCUCAGUCAAACAUCUUGCCAGCAGUGAGCCUGACCCACAUGUAGUGAGAGUGGGCUGGUCUCUGGAUUCCUGCAGCACACAGUUAGGCGAAGAGCCGUUCUCAUACGGAUAUGGUGGAACAGGAAAAAAAUCCUCCAACUGCAAAUUUGAAGAUUACGGUCAGAAAUUUGCUGAAAACGACAUCAUUGGAUGCUAUAUUGAUUUUGAGAGCAGUCACGACGUGGAGAUUUCAUUUUCAAAAAAUGGAAAGUGGUUGGAUGUUGCGUUCCAUGUGAGGAAAGAGGAAUUGGCCGGUCGAGCGCUUUUCCCUCACAUCCUGGUGAAGAACUGUGCUGUGGAGUUUAACUUUGGUCAGAAGGAGGAGAGUUUCUUUCCUUCACCUGAGGGAUUUGUGUUCAUCCAAAGUGUUGCAUUGGAGGACAGGACUAGAGGCACUGUGGGUCCUGCAACAAAGGCUGACUGUGAGAUCUUGAUGAUGGUGGGUCUGCCUGCAUGUGGCAAAACCACUUGGGCAAUCAAGCACGCAGAGAUGAAUCCUGAUAAGAAAUACAACAUACUUGGAACCAACGCCAUUAUGGAAAAGAUGAAGGUGAUGGGUCUGAGGCGUCAGAGGAAUUACACGGGUCGCUGGGACAUUCUCAUUCAGCAAGCCACACAGUGUCUGAACCGACUCAUCCAGAUCGCCGCCCGCAAGAAACGCAACUACAUUCUGGACCAGACAAAUGUAUAUGGAUCAGCCCAGAGACGAAAAAUGCGUCCCUUUGAAGGGUUUCAACGCAAGGCUAUUGUAAUUUGUCCCACGGACGAGGACUUAAAAGAGCGAACGUUAAAGCAAACUGAUGUGGAAGGGAAGGAUGUGCCCGAUCAUGCUGUUUUAGAAAUGAAAGCUAAUUUCGUGCUGCCGGAGUCCGGAGAUAUCCUGGACGAGGUGAUCUUUGUUGAGCUGCAGAGAGACGAGGCAGAGAAGUUGGUGAAGCAGUACAACGAGGAGGGCCGGAGGGCUGCGCCUCCACCUGAAAAACGCUACGAUAACCGGCAGACUGGUUACCGCGGCCAGAGCAGCAGCUUCCAGCGCUAUGACAACCGCGGAGGUCCACGAGGAGGCUAUCAGAACCGUGGAGGCUCUGGAGGAGGAUACAGACCAGGUUUUAAGCGUGGCGGCUACAACCAGAAUGGCUGGGGUGUCAAUUACAGAGACAACGGCUCGAGAGGUGGCUACAAUCGUAACCAGACCUAUGGAGGACUCUACAACAGCAGCCCCCAAGGUUCCUACAAUAAGGACGGAUACAACCAGAGCUACAGCCAAGGAUAUAACCAAGACUACAACCAGAGCAACUAUAACCAAGGCAGCUACAACCAAGGUACCUACAACUAUGGCAAUUACAGCCAGUAUCCUGGAUAUGGUCAAGGCUACAGUGAUAAUCAAGCCUCUGGUUACAACCAGCAACAGAGCUACAACCAGCAGUACCAGCAGUAUGCCCAGCAGUGGCAACAGUACUACCAAAACCAGAGCCAGUGGAACCAGUAUUACAGCCAGUAUGGCAAUUACUCUGGGCAACAGGGCAGCAACCAGAGCCAGUGAAGCGACCAUCUUCCAGAUACAUUCGUGUAAUCUUUCUUGCACCUCCAUGUGUCAUCACACACUGUUUUUAUUUUCCCCUUUCUCUUUAAAUCCAGUCUUCUGCAGCCAUUCUGGUCAUCCAAGCAGGCUGCUUUUUGGAUAAAUUUGUUUUGUAGUUGGUUUGUGAAAUGCUGAUGAUCUGGUCCAGUCAGAGAACUUUUUAUUGUAAUUUAGUUCAUAAGAGACUUAUAAAUGACAGUGUUUUGGACGGCUUGUCGGAAGCCCUGAAAUGUAAUUUAUACAGUAAUUAGAGAUAGUGCUGCACAUAUGGACAAACUAGCAAUAUAAUGCUUUCAUUUGACGCAUUGUUUUAUGAUCCUGCCGAUCACCUUAUCAUCCGGACCCUCUUUAAUCAGGUGACAUGCUCGCAGAACGUCAGAGAUUUGGUUUGUGUGGCUUAUUUAUUAUUAUUAUUAUUAUUAUUAUUAUUAUUAUUAUUAUUAUUGUGAUAGCAAUUAGUCACUAAUAUAUUGUGCAGCUCUAAGCACUGAGCGAUCACUGCCCUUCUGAAAGAACAGUGUGUAUGUGUGUGUUUAGUUUGAAUUGUACAUUAUGAAUAUAAUAUAAGCUCGUUUCAUUUCUAUUAGGCUUAUUUUGUCGCUAUUUUGCAUCAUGCUUAUCGUUUUCUCUUACAGAAAUGAUUUAAUGUGAAAUAGAAGAAAGUAAAAACACCUCGAAUGACUUGUUUAAAGGAAAAAUCCACCUUGAAUGACUUGCGUGCAUAUUAUAAUUAAGUCGCUUAAACGUUUUCCUAACAUUACCCACAAUGCCCUUAGAAAAACUGUUUAUAUUGUUUCCAGUGGGAUAAAGAGGAUAAAGAGAGCGAUGCAGCAGCCCUUUUAUACUUUAAUCUGUACAGCUCUUUCACCUCCAGCAGUUCAUUCUAACACUUUCAUCAACAUUAUUUAUAGAACACUAUCUAGCAAAGCCAAGAGCAAACUGUGAUGUUGCUGCUUACAUUAAUUCUGCGCUGGAUUUUUUAUUUAUAUGGUGUUGAACAUUGCUUGAUGAGUAAGAAAGUAAAUUCUUGCUCUGGAUUCAAAUAUAAACCUAUAAAAUAUAUAUUUCAGGGUGGAGUUUUCCUUUAAUGAUAGUGUUGAUUUAUCACAUCUACAUACAGUGUAAAUGGUUCAUCAAUGGAGAAAACAUGCAUGUCUGUAAUGUGAUUUUAUAUUUUUGUUGUUUUUUUGUUACUGUCUGUCUAGAAAGCUUUCUUGUAAGCUGAAUUUUGAGAUUUGAAUGCAGUAAUUGAAAAGAUUCAAAGAA